AUGCCGGUGCCCGUCACCUCUGCAGUCGGCGUCUUGGCCCUUCUGAACGAGCCGGAAGCGGAGCUGCAAACGUACGCUCUGCAAAAGCUCAACUCUCUAGUUCCGCAGUUUUGGGCAGAGAUUGCAGACUCAGUGUCCAAGAUCGAAAUCCUGUACGAGGAUGCAGCGCACCCCAGCAGGCAACUGGCAGCACUCGUCGCCUCCAAAGUCUACUGGAAUUUGGGCGAGUUUGACGAAGCGUUGAGCUUCGCAUUAGGCGCCGAUAAGCUGUUCGACGUGGAGAGCAAGGACGAGUACACCGACACCAUCAUAGGUGAGGCCCGCUAGCUUUCCCCGUUGCGCGAGUGCGACAAUGUCGUCUGAGGCUGAUGACAUUGUUCUACACGCUUCAUUGCCCACCUCCAAUUCUCAGCCAAGGCCAUCGACGCAUACAUCGAGCAGCGGGCUGCUGCGACCGGCGAUGCUGCGCAAGACGACGACAAGAGGCUGUCCUCCAUCGUUGAGCAGAUGUUCUCUCGCUGCAUAGCUGAAAAGGAGUACAAGCAAGCUCUGGGCAUUGCUCUCGAGACUCGUCGCCUGGACGUCAUCGAGAAGAUCUUGAGUCAAGUCAGAGAGUCUUCACUGAUGCAAUACACUCUCGGAGCUACGAUUGGCUUUGUGCAAAGCUUGGAGGUCAGGACGCAAGUGUUGCACCUGCUUGUCAAGCUCUUUCAAUCACUGCCUCAACCUGAUCACUUUAGCAUCGCUCAGUGCUACGUCUACCUCAACGCACCUCAGCUCGCCUCCACUCUUCUGCACGAUCUCGUGCACAAAGCUCACACUGAUGCUGCUGCAUCCGCGUCUGCCAACACCGAGAAUGACCCUCUUUUGGUCGCUUACCAGAUAUCUUUCGACCUAGCGGAAAGCGCCACGCAAGAAUUUCUCGAGACUGUGAGAUCCGACCUUCAGACCCGAGUCGCGGGAGCGCAGCCGAAGAUCGAGAGCAGCUCCGCCAUAGCCCAGGCGGACGAAGAUGUUGAGAUGGGCGAUGCAGCGGCAGGAACAGUUUCGAGUGCCACCAGCGCACACACAGCCGAGGAGAGCACGCUGGCUAGCUGCAUCGCCCAGAUUAGGAGCAUACUCCUCGGCGAAGAAUCCAUUCAGCUGUACCUGGAUUUCUUGCAGCGAGCUAAUAAUGCGGACCUGACAAUUCUCAAGGCGAUCAAGGACACGCUCGAUGCACGCAACAGCGUCUAUCACUCGGCAAUGACAUUUGCAAAUGCGUUCAUGCACGCCGGCACGACGAGCGACAAGUUCCUGCGGGAGAACUUGGACUGGCUCGCCAAGGCCAGUAACUGGUCCAAGUUCACGGCUACCGCUGCGUUGGGCGUAAUCAACAAAGGACAUCUCAAAGAGUCCAUCAACCUCCUCAACCCGUAUCUCCCAAAGGACGGCUCUACCGGCAGCGUCUACAGCGAAGGAGGAUCUCUGUUUGCUCUGGGGUUGAUCCACGCUAAUCACGGUGCCGAAGUUUUGGAGCUGCUCAAAGACACGCUCAAGAACAACCCAGCUGAAGUCGUUCAGCAUGGCGCUGCGCUUGGGCUGGGCGCUGCAGGCAUGGCUACCGGCAAUGAAGAAGUGUAUGAAGAGCUGAGGAACGUCCUGUACACUGACUCGGCCAUUGCGGGCGAGGCUUCUGGGUACGCGAUGGGUCUCGUGAUGCUCGGGACAGGAUCAGAUCGCGCGGUAGACGAGAUGCUGCAAUACGCCCACGAAACACAGCACGAGAAGAUCAUCCGUGGUCUUGCGAUUGGUCUUGCCCUCAUCUGCUACGGCCGCGAAGACAAAGCGGAUACCGUCAUUGACACUCUCAUGUCGGACAAGGACGCCAUUCUGAGGUAUGGAGGCAUUCACGCCAUCGCUCUUGCCUAUGCUGGUACUGGCAACAACAAGGCCAUUCGGCGUCUUUUGCACGUCGCCGUUUCUGACGUCGCAGACGAUGUGCGCCGCGCUGCUGUUACUAGCUUGGGAUUUCUCUUGUUCCGCAACCCCACCCAGGUGCCACGGAUUGUCCAAUUGCUCAGCGAAAGCUACAAUCCGCACGUUCGGUACGGAUCGACUCUCGCACUGGGCAUAGCCUGCGCGGGGACUGGUCUGGACGAAGCGCUGGACUUGCUGCAGCCCAUGCUCAAGGAUCCGGUCGAUUUUGUACGACAGGGCGCGGCCGUAAGCCUGGCCAUGGUUCUCAUCCAGCAGAACGACACGCUCAAUCCUCGCGUCGCCAGUGUGCGCUCGGCGUUCGAAAAGACUCUGACGGACAAGCAUGAGGAUGCUAUGGCCAAGUUUGGUGCUGCAUUGGCCCAGGGACUCAUCGACGCAGGUGGCCGCAACGUGACUAUUGGUCUCCAGAGUCGAUCGGGCAGCAGCAACAUGCCCGCGAUCGUCGGCAUGGCUCUCUUCACUCAGUUUUGGUACUGGUUUCCAAUGGCACACUUUGCCAGUCUAGCGCUCACGCCAACCGCGGUCAUUGGAUUGAAUAGAGACCUCAAAACCCCAAACUUUAGCUUUGUCUGCCAAGCCAGGCCUAGUCUGUUUGCCUACCCUGCAAUCAUCAAGAAAGAGAACGAGAAGAAGGUCGAGAAGGUCGAGACUGCUGUCCUGUCGACAACAGCCAAGGCUCAGGCUCGCCAGCGCAACAAGGAGAGAGAGAAGCAGCGCGAGGAGAGAGGUGAAAGCAUGGACAUCGAUGCAAAGGCACCCGCCAAGGCGGCUGGAGAUGACGGUGCCAGCAAAGCUGAGGGCAAAGCAGCCGGCUCCGCCAAGAAGGAACGCAAACCGGCCGAGCCUGCUCAAUUCCAGGUGCAGAACUACUCGCGCGUCACGCCUACCCAAUUGAAGUACGUGACCUUUCCCGCCGAUCUGAGAUGGCAGCCGAUCAGACCAGUGACGGGUCUCGCUGCACGCACCGGAGUCGAUGUUCAUAGCACAGCCAGUGUUGCCCCCAAAGGGAAAUUAGGAGUGCUAGGCAAUCUGACCCCUGCACCAGGUGCCAGCGGAACAGUCACCCCUAGCCAGGCCAAAGGCGCGCCUGCAGCUGCGGCGCCAGCCAAGACGACCUUGGCCACUGGGCCAAGUGCUGAGGCAGCCCGAAGCAUUGCCGCAUCAUCCAGCGGCGGAGGUGGGGGCGGUAUUCUGCUGCUCGUCGACCGACACCCACAGGAGGCUUUUCAACAGCUACGGCUCGAUGAGUCCUCUUCUGAAGCCCCGCAACAGGCGCCAGAGCAGCAUCAAGCUCAGCCUGGUGGAAGCGAAAUCUCGCCGGAGGAUGCGGCUGCCAUUGCACGUGCGCUCAGCGGCGAGGACGAGAUGGACGAGGACGAUCAAACUGGGGUACAAAGCAGCAGACGAGGCGACGGCUCAGGCGGUGGAGGUCCUGGAGCCAAUCAACCUGGUGACGGAACUGCACGUUGA